GCACUUCCUGAGUAUAUGUAUUCACGGACCAGGUCACGUGAAAGCACGCGCACACAACCAGGAAGUGAUGGCCGCCUUCGAAGAAUUAUAAACAGGACGAAGGGAAAAGAAAAGAUGACAACAGCAGCCCUUAUUGCGGGUCUGGAGCAGAUCCCGGACCAGCUCGGGUAUCUGGUGAUCAGUGAGGACGGUGUUCUGGCCUCUUCAGGUGAGCUGGAAAAUGACGAGCACACAGCAGGCGUGAUGAUGCAGAUGGUUCGCACGGCCAGUCGCUUCAGGUUAUCAGGCUCAACCAACAUACCAUUUAAACGCAUCUCAGUGGUUUUGGAGGAUUUUGUUUACACAGUGACCGUUUCCGUGCAGAAGGUUUUUGUGGUCAAACGUCAGAACAACCAGCAGGAGCCAAUCAGUGUUUAGAGAUACGAACUGGAAGUGGGGUCACAUGAUUUGUUUGAAUAAAUGGUUUUAUUGUG